AAGGACGAAACGAGUGUGCGAUUUCAAUUUUCAUUAACGAUUGGUUCCAUUCCAUAGUCCGCUUCUUCUUCUUCUUCUUGUCUCUCUGUUGCUCUCUGUAACGCGCACAGUCGGAACUCCUCUCUCUCUCUCCUCGCAAUUGUAGAAGGAGAAGAACAAUAGGAAGAAGAUGUUGAGGUUCUUGAAGGGAGUAGUGGGUGGAUCUGGCACGGGAAUCAAAGAUCUACCUUACAACAUUGCUGACCCUUUUCCCUCUGCUUGGGGCUCCUGGACCCACUUCCGUGGCACUUCCAAGGAUGACGGGUCUCCAGUAUCAAUAUUUUCUCUUUCUGGAAGUAAUUCCCAAGAUGGACAUUUAGCUGCUGGUUUUAAUGGCGUAAAGCGUCUCCGCACUGUCAGACACCCCAAUAUUUUAUCAUUUCUUCACAGUACCGAGGCUGAAACAUUUGAUGGUUCAAGUACAAAGGUUACUAUCUAUAUUGUCACGGAGCCUGUUAUGCCACUGUCUGAAAAGAUCAAGGAACUAGGUUUAGAAGGUACACAAAGGGAUGAGUAUUAUGCAUGGGGCCUGCACCAGAUAGCCAAAGCUGUGAGCUUCUUAAAUAAUGAUUGUAAACUUGUUCAUGGCAAUGUUUGUUUGGCAAGUGUUGUUGUCACACAAACUUUGGAUUGGAAAUUGCAUGCCUUUGAUGUUCUAUCUGAGUUUGAUAUGAAUAAUGAAGCUUCAGCUGGACCAAUGCUGCCAUAUGCAUGGCUUGUUGGAGCACAAUACAAACCGACGGAGUUGUUGAAUUCCGACUGGGCUGCAAUCAGAAAAUCUCCACCAUGGGCCAUUGAUUCUUGGGGCUUGGGCUGUCUUAUAUACGAACUUUUCUCUGGCAUGAAGCUGGGCAGAACAGAAGAACUGAAAAACACUGCUUCCAUUCCAAAGUCUCUGCUUCCAGAUUACCAGCGGCUUUUGAGUGCCAUGCCUUCUCGUAGGUUGAAUACAUCAAAGCUUAUAGAAAAUAGUGAAUAUUUCCAAAAUAAACUGGUGGACACAAUACAUUUCAUGGAAAUUCUAAAUUUAAAAGAUAGUGUUGAAAAGGAUACUUUCUUCCGUAAGCUUCCAAAUUUAGCAGAGCAACUUCCUCGCCAAAUUGUAGUGAAGAAGUUGCUUCCUUUAUUAGCUUCUGCCCUGGAAUUUGGUUCGGCUGCUUCCCUUGCUUUAACUGCAUUAUUGAAAAUGGGUUCCUCGCUUUCGACUGAUGAAUUCAGUGAAAAGCUACUGCCAACAAUAGUGAAACUCUUUGCCUCCAAUGACCGAGCUAUUCGAGUUGGUCUCCUGCAGCAUGUCGAUCAAUAUGGAGAAUCAUUAUCAGCACAAAUUGUUGAUGAGCAAGUUUACCCUCAUGUUGCUACGGGGUUCUCUGACACAUCUGCUUUCCUUCGGGAACUGACUCUUAAAUCUAUGCUUGUUCUAGCUCCAAAGCUUUCUCAACGUACAAUUUCGGGGUCACUAUUGAAGUAUCUCUCAAAGUUACAGGUGGAUGAAGAGCCAGCAAUAAGAACAAACACCACCAUUUUGCUUGGGAAUAUUGCAAGCUACCUAAAUGAAGGGACAAGGAAAAGAGUUCUGAUUAAUGCAUUUACUGUUCGUGCAUUGCGUGAUACUUUUUCGCCUGCCCGAGGAGCUGGUAUCAUGGCUCUCUGUGCCACCAGUUCUUACUACGACAUCAAUGAGAUUGCAACUCGGAUUCUUCCAAGUGUUGUUGUACUUACAAUUGAUCCUGACAGUGAUGUGCGAUCCAAAGCAUUUCAAGCAGUUGAUCAGUUUUUGCAGAUAUUGAAGCAAUACCAAGAGAAGGCAAAUUCAGGAGAUACCACUGGAGCUGCAGGCCUUGGGAUGUCAUCCCUUCCAGCAAAUGCUAGUUUACUUGGAUGGGCCAUGAGCUCCUUGACUCUCAAAGGCAAACCUUCUGAACAAGCUCCACUUGCUUCUGCAACUUCAAGUACCCCUGUAACUUCAACUUCUUCCAAUGCCAGCUCUGUCCUUGUGAUGGAUCCUCCAAGUACAGAACUUGCUGUCCAUGGGAAUUCCACCUCUGAUUUUGCUGAUCAACCUGUACCUGCAUCCCCUACAUCAACAGAUGGUUGGGGAGAACUUGAAAAUGGAGUUCACGAAGAGCAUGAAACUGACAAGGAUGGGUGGGAUGAUCUGGAACCCCUUGAAGAGCCAAAGCCAUCUCCAGCUCUUGAAAACAUUCAAGCAGCUCAAAAGCGACCAGUCGCACAACCUGCUUUGCAGCCAAAACAAGUUGAAAGUUCACGGACGAAAAUUAGAGCAAAGGUGACCAAACACGAGGAUGAUGGUGAUUUGUGGGAUUCCAUAGCUGCCCCUGCUCCAAAAACAGUAUCAAAACCUUUGAUUGUAAAAAGAGCUGGGACAGUAAAUGAUGAUGACCUCUGGAAUGCUAUUGCUGCUCCUGCACCUGCUACCAGGGCCCAGCCUUUGGCUGCUGGCAGAGGCAGAGGAGCAAAGCCUGCUUCGCAGAGUCUAGGUGCACAGAGAAAAAACCGGACAUCCUAAUCUUGCAGGGGAAAUACAUAGAGCCGAACACAUGAACAAGUAAAAGAUUUAUAUUUGUACAUUUUUUUACUGUUUCAGUGCCCCAUUUUUGCAUUAAUGUAAAACGGAUCCAUGUCACUGAGUUACACAAUAGGCUGAUUAUAUGCAUACUGCGACUAUAUUAUUUGAUUUGUAAUAUUAUUCUUUUUGUUAUUUUGGUCAAAUAGAGACCCAUUAAUCCAAGUUUCACAAGACGAGACAGGUUAUAAGCAUUUUUUCUUUGAAGAAAACUGUUGUGUGGUGUCUGACGAGAAUAAUAUUCUACAACAAGCAAUUCAUUUAUAUACAAUAUGUGGAGUUUACGA